AUGUCAACCGGCAGCGGUACUGGUGCUCCGCCUCCUAGCGGUUUGGUAAGAAGUAGUGCACUGUCGUUUGUGGCGCCUGCGCAACUCCCUACAACAGCUGACGGUGUACCAGGAAACUCACAGGAUAUGGACAGGGAACAAAUAAAUCAAACUGAUCGUCUGGUCCCAGCUGGUCUAAAAGCUCUGUGUGAGACUUGUUCUAGACUAUACCCAGACCAGCCUAAUCCUCUGCAGGUUACUACACGCCUUAAAUAUUGGUUAGGAGGACACGACCCUUUGGACUACAUCAGUAUGUACUGGAACCCUGGAAAACCCGAGGAGAAUAUAUUGCCUCACUGGCAUUAUGUGAGUUUUGGUCUAUCAGACCUUCACGGCGAUGGUCGAGUCCACCCGCCUCCGGACCCAAGCCCUGGAGCUCCCUCUGGUUAUGGGUUCGAGCUGACGUUUCGUCUGUCAGCGGAAGGAGUGACCCAACCUCCUCUGUGGCCGGCGGCUUUGCUUCAAGCGUUGGCUAGAUACGUUUUUACUACUGGUAACAAGUUAUGCGCUGGUGAUCACAUUUCAUGGCACCGCGCACUGGACGGUGGCGCGGGAAGAUUGAGGCAUCUGCUGGUGGCUGCUGAUCCUCAGCUCAGAGACACCAACACAGCCCAUGGGUCUGUAAGCUUUCUACAGAUGGUGGGAUGCACCGGUAGAGAGUUGAAGGCAGCUCAGAGAGGGUCAGGAUUCGAAGUGUUGAAGCUCAUCAGCGAGGAUACUAAUUGUGGCGGGUCGUGGCUUGUGUCGCGCGUGAACCGCCGCACGUCGGCGCGCGCCGUGCGCCUGCGCCGCCCCCCGCCCCCCGCGCCCCCCGCACAGCUCGCCGGAGUCUCCGCCCGCCUGCGCUGGCAGCCCUGGGGGGAGCCUCCAGACGAGCAGCCAGCCUCCCCCUCAAAUCUUCCUCCCAGCGUAGAACAGCAGAUUAAGGAAACCUUACAACGUGGGCUGAACACAAUGACAGCUGACAGGAGUGGGCCUGAAGGUCAUAUGUCAACGGACAGCUUUGAGAUGUCAAGUAUGGAGCGAGCCCUGCCACAGAUACCUGAAGUAAUGCAGGGUUCAUGGCGAGGUGAGCCGAUGGUGGAAUACUUGGAUGGAGUGCACAUAGUGCUGAAUGCGGAAGGAGCCAGCCUGUUACCUCUCGCCAUUGACGGUCGCGUGUCCCACGGCAGCCACUUCACGUGGCGCGAGUGCGGUCGCGCCGUGACGCUGCUGCCGCCCGCCGUGGGGGGCGCUGCCGCCACUCCCUCCAGACCCUACGCGGCGCAGGGCAGCUGGCUACAGGUGAUAAUACCAAAAGAAUUAGCUGCUGACAUGUCAGCACAAGUGGCGUCUCUAGCGCGUCUCGCCGACACAGACUCCGAGCCGGACAGUGAAGAAGAAACCGAACAAAAAGACCCACCAACCCUGCCUACCACCUUCACAUGGCCUAAGCACAGAUUGAAGAUUACCGUGCUUAGCGAUAGCGAAUUUUUGUAA